GGUCACAAAAUAGUUGACGGGGUCCUUAAUCUGUCCCGCGUUUUGAUUGCUGUGACAGAGGUAUUCUUUCCAAGUCGCGGAGCGCUGAGAUUUGGGCGAGAGGAGCCCCCAAGGCGCGUGGAGGCCCGUGGGCAGCCAGCGGGUGACGGUACUUCCAUCCCUGUGGAUUUUCAUCUCCACGUCCGGCUCCAUCCUGGACCUUGUCAGGAAAAGCCAUGGCCUCACCCAUAGUCAGCAAGAAGAUGAGGGAGGAAGCCACGUGCGCCAUCUGCCUGCUCCUGAUGGCCGAGCCCGUGAGCAUCAGCUGUGGACACAGCUACUGCAGACAGUGCAUCACCGGCUUCCUUGAGAACAUCCGCCGGGAGAUACCUUCACAAACUCUCUUCUACUGCCCCCACUGCCGGGCUCCGUUUCAGGUGACCAGCCUCCGGCCCAACAAGCAGCUGGGAAGUCUCAUAGAGGUCAUCAAGGAGAUGCAUCAGGACAUGUCCUGUGAGGAACAUGGGGAGUUCCUCCACAUCUUCUGCGAAGACGAAGGCCAGCUCAUCUGCUGGCGCUGUGAGCGGUCACCGCAGCACCAAGGGCACAACACGGCCGUCAUCGAGGACGUAUGCCAAGGCUACCAGGAAAUGCUCCAGAAUGCUGUGACAAACUUGAGGGAGCUGGAAGAGGAAUGUACAAAACUCAAGCUGUUCACAAGAAAGCAAAUAAGUGAAUGGAAUGAGAAGACAGAGAGUCAGAAGCAAAAAAUCCAGUCUGACUUUAAGAAUCUUCAGAGAUUCCUGCAUGAAGAGGAGAAGUCUUAUCUGUGGAAACUGGAGAAAGAGAAAGAGCAGACUCUACAGAGACUGAUGGGUAAUGAGGCCACUCUGGAACAGAAGAGCCAAGAACUCAGGAGGCACAUCCUGGAACUAGAGGAGAGAUGUCAGAGCUCAGCCCAGAAGCUGCUGCAGGAUGUGAAAGAGACCUUGCGCCGGAGUUCGGCUGUGAAGCUGGAAACACCAGAGGCCCAUUCUUUGGAAGUUCAUACUGUGUGCAGUGUUUCUGAGCUUUAUUUUGAUAUGAAGAAAAGGUUACAGAGCUAUCAAGUCAAUGUGACUCUGGAUGAUGACACAGCCCAUCGUGAGCUAAUUCUGUCUGAGGAUCGGAGACAAGUAAUUCGCGGACACCUCCGGGAGAAUCUGGGCAAUUCCUCUAGGAGAUUCACUGUCUUACCCUGUGUCCUGGGCUGUGAAGGCUUCACCUCAGGAAAACAGUACUUUGAAGUGGAUGUAGGAGAAGGAACCAGCUGGAGUUUAGGAGUUUGUCGGGAAAAUGUGCCCAGAGAUGGGGUGAUACAGAGCCCUCAGUCUGGGUUCUGGAUCAUCAGACUAAGUGCAAAGAAAGGCUAUGUGGCGCUCACCUCUCCCGUAACCUCCCUUUAUCUGAAGGAGAAGCCCCUGGUUGUGGGGGUUUUUCUGGACUACGAUGUCGGAGUUGUAUCCUUUUAAAACAUGACCACUGGCUCCCACAUCUUUACCUUCCCGAGGGCCUCCUUCUCUGACGUUCUCCGGCCCUACUUCCAGGUUUACCCACAUUCUCCUUUGUUCCUGCCUCCUCUGGACAAGUGAGAAAAGAAGCAAAUUCUCCGUCUGGUUUAACCAGCAUAGAAAACAUAAUGGAAACCCCGUGAGGGCAGAAAUUUGUCUGUUUUUUUCACUGCUCUUGUACUUAGAACUCUGCGAGGCUUGUAGUGGCUGCUGAAUAAACGGCUUUGAAUGAAUGGACAGAAACUGCAAACACCACAGACGGCCGGCCCGAGCUGGAGGGAGGCAAGGUAACAGCAAUGAUCAUGCACUACCCUCACCACCCGCAGUGGGUUCCGAGCCCGGAGAGACAGGAAUCUUUGCGAGACCCGCAGGGUGACCCAGCGAUCAGAAGGUCUGCACUCUGCCAGUUUGUUGGAUGCCAUACGAACUCAUGAGGGGGGAGGGAGGGAAAGCUGCCAUCGUCUCUGCCAACUGCAUGAAAGAGCAGGAAAAUCAAAACAGCAGCGACUCUUCAAACCGCUGACGUCGGAUUCAUCAUUGAGCCAGAGGCCCAGAGGUGGGCAGACACCCCCCAGGCCUGGUGAGCUCUGCCCGGGCGAUGACAAGUGACGUAUGACAGAAGAGUGUAAAGGGGCUUACGAUGAGAUGUUUCAAAUGGAAAGGAGAUAAAGAAUGAAAACACAUUGUCUUCGGGGACUCAGUACUGGAAAAGAAGUGGAUAGUGUCCAGACAGUGCUCAGCCAGCUCUCUUGAAAUAGUUUAUGGUCUCAGCAAAUAGUUAUUUGCCUAAAAGGGCAUCAAUGUGUAAAGGAAUCCUCUAUCUCCCCUCUACUGGGAAGGGCAGGAGUUAGGCAUCAGGGACAACACUAAACCUUUAUCAGCCCAGAGAGGGCACUGGAGAAAUCGCCAUCACAGAUCUUCCUAAAAUUUGCCCUGUCUGCCGUUACUUCCCUGUUUAUGUGCCUUCCCACAAUGCACCACCUAGAAAGUCAUCUUCCUUUGGCUUAGUCCUUCUCUGAAAAUCCAUUGUUCUUUUGUUAAGAUGCUAUAAGCCCAAGUGACAGUUGCCCCUUUGAGUUCUUCGUCUCCAAGUGCUCCCAUGUGUCUAGGGAAAACUCCAUUUCUCCUCUACGCUGUCACUCCUACCUACUCUCAAUAUUUCACUUCUUGCGACAGGUGAGAAACCCUACAGUUCAUUUCAAUUCUGACAAGUAACUAGAGUUAGAGCAGACCCCAUCGGCUGAGGGCUCAGUCCGGCAAGGCUGUCCCCAGCCUCGGAGCCUGCUUGGGAUUUUCUCUCUCCCUCUCUUUCUCUGCCGCUCCCCUGCUCACACUGUCUCUAUCUCUCUCGAAAUAAAUAAACUUUAAAAAAAGAGAGAGAUACAUAGGUCCAAAAACAUUCCUAGCACAGGAGCAUCUGUCCUUAACGGAGUUGGGGUGUGUCUCCCUCCCAGCACGUGGAUAUGUUCAUAACCCAGAAGCUCCUCAAACUCUGUACCUUGGGAUUUUUAUGGAGGCUUCAUCACAUAGGCACUAUCAACUAUUACUCAGUUACCAGCCCCUCCUGGGGGGGGGUAGGGGUGGCUAGGUGGGAUGAGGCGAAAGUUUCAAACUUCUAGUCAUGGCUUGCUCUUUCUGGAGACCUGCCCCCAUCCUGAAGCUGUCCAGGAGCCCCCCAAAGCUGCCUCAUUAGAACAAGAGACCUUCCUAUCACCAGCGAGUGCCAAAGGAUUUAGGAGCCCUGUGCCAGGAACUGGGGGCAGUAGCCACUAUAUAUUUUUUCUAUUA